AUGGUCUCCAUGCUUCGAUCUACAAGCGCUGUCAGGCCAGUACUCGCCUCAACAUCUCGCCAGCUAGCGGUCAGCAGAAAUGUACCUGCCGUCGCAUGUGCCGGCCAUCGUGCCUUUUCGAGCAGCUCUAGGCGAGCGCAGGUCAUCGCCAACUCUCCCUUGAGGGCAAAGGAAGCACCCUCCCUCAUGUCUGGCAAGUAUCCUGUCAUUGACCACGAAUACGAUGCCGUCGUUGUCGGCGCCGGUGGUGCAGGCCUGCGCGCGGCAUUCGGUCUCGCUGAGGCCGGCCUCAAUACUGCCGCCAUCACGAAGCUCUUCCCGACCCGAUCGCACACCGUUGCUGCUCAGGGCGGCAUCAACGCAGCGCUCGGCAACAUGACAGAGGAUGACUGGCGAUGGCACAUGUAUGACACCGUCAAAGGAUCCGAUUGGCUCGGUGAUCAGGACGCGAUCCAUUACAUGUGCCGCGAGGCGCCUCAGGCCGUCCUCGAGCUCGAGCACUUCGGUCUACCUUUUUCCCGCACAAAGGAGGGCAAGAUCUACCAGCGUGCUUUCGGUGGCCAAUCACUCAAAUACGGCAAAGGCGGCCAAGCCUACCGAUGUGCUGCUGCGGCGGAUCGUACCGGUCAUGCUAUGCUGCACACUCUAUACGGCCAAUCACUCAGACACAAUACCAACUUCUUCAUCGAGUUUUUCGCGCUCGAUUUGAUAAUGGAAGAUGGAGAAUGCGUCGGCGUCAUGGCCUAUAAUCAGGAGGACGGCACACUGCACCGCUUCAGAUCUCACAAGACCGUUCUCGCGACUGGCGGUUACGGGCGCGCUUAUUUCUCUUGCACGUCAGCACAUACUUGCUCAGGCGAUGGAGGUGCCAUGGUCGCUCGCGCCGGCCUGCCGCUACAGGAUCUGGAGUUCGUGCAGUUCCACCCGACUGGUAUCUACGGCGCAGGCUGCUUGAUCACCGAAGGUUCUCGCGGUGAAGGUGGUUAUCUGCUCAACUCGGAGGGCGAGCGCUUCAUGGAGCGAUACGCCCCCACUGCAAAGGAUCUCGCUUCGCGGGACGUUGUGUCUCGCUCGAUGACGAUCGAGAUCAGAGAGGGACGAGGCGUCGGACCUGACAAGGACCACGCUUUCCUUCAGCUAUCGCACUUGCCACCCGAGGUUCUCCACGAGCGUCUGCCCGGUAUCUCAGAGACAGCUGCCAUCUUUGCUGGUGUCGAUGUCACCAAGGAGCCCAUCCCAGUCCUGCCGACCGUGCACUACAACAUGGGCGGCAUCCCAACCAAGUACACCGGCGAGGUUUUGACAGUCGGCGCCGACGGCAAGGAUAAGGUUGUGCCAGGCUUGUACGCUGCUGGUGAAGCAGCUUGCGUGUCAGUGCACGGAGCCAAUCGAUUGGGCGCUAACAGCCUGCUUGAUAUUGUCGUCUUCGGACGAGCGUGCGCGAACCACAUCAAGGAGAAUCUCGAGCCGGGUAAACCACACAAGAAGAUCUCUGCCGACGCUGGCAUGAAGUCGAUCGAAGACUUUGACGCUCUCCGAUCAUCCACCGGCGCGAAACACACGUCUGAGAUCCGAUUGAACAUGCAGAAAACGAUGCAGAGCGACGCCGCUGUUUUCAGGACACAGGAAUCGCUCGAUGAGGGUGUCAAGAAGAUGCACAACGUCGUUGAUAGCUUCAAGGAUGUCGGCAUCAAGGAUCGCAGCACGAUCUGGAACACCGAUCUCGUCGAGACGCUCGAGCUUCGCAACCUGCUCACGAGCGCUUAUCAGACUGUGACUUCUGCCGCAGCACGUAAGGAGUCUCGUGGUGCGCACGCGCGGGAGGACUAUCCGGACCGGGACGACAAGGACUGGAUGAAGCACACGCUUUCGACGCACAAGUGGGACCCGCUGACGGGCGAGAACAAGGUAGAGAUCGGCUACCGUGCGGUUCAGUCGCAGACUCUGGACGAGAAGGAGUGCGCCUCCGUUGCGCCCUUCACGCGUUCUUACUAG